UUCAGACCAAUCAACAGCCGUGAUAUUUCUCAGAUAACAUUUAUUUCAUUGCUGUAGAAUUUACAUUGAUCACUUCAACUAUACGAGUAAUUUUAUUGAUGGGCAAUUAAACGAUUUCAUAAGAGAAUAGGUUGAAUGACACGGUCAAUGAAUGUAGAAUGGAGCAAAUAAGAUGGCUAAUGACAAUUACACAGCAUGCAUCAUUGCUUAUUUAUCAUGAUAGAAAAACAUCAAAAUAAACAAAUGUGUAUAAAAAGGAGAAAAAAUUGGUAAACAAUGAAGGUUCGCGACUUGAUACAAUUUUAUGAGGAUAAAAUCAUAACCAAGGGAAAAGUCGUUUGUAUGCAAGAGGCUCUGCAUCAGAGAAUUGUAGGGGGUGCACCUGCUAAGACAAACAGCAAUUACUUCCACCAGUGGUCGAAAAUUGUUGAUGAACUCGAUAAUCGCACCAUAACAAAGACAGGCGAUGUUGAUGGCUUGAGAAAUAAUGGACUCGUUGCAAAAGUAGAACGAUUUAGUUCAUCUCCUGAUCUUGGAACAGAGGUCAAAGUAGGCAUUAAAUUACGUGAAACCCUGAGUGCAACGAAGUUACCUCGCGCACACAGGCUGAACCAUGCGUUUGAUCUCGAUAACUGUUAUGUAAAACCAUCAAUUAUAGCGGCUAGUGAACGUAAGAAGUAUUUAAAUAGACAAAGCGGUUCCGAGAAGCUAACACCCAUCUCAAUUUGUAAGCCAAGUUAUAAUCAAACACAGAAAAUUGUUUUGGCAGACCUAUCUAAUAAAGAACACGUUGAUAAAUCUAGGAAACGCGAUGAUGGCUUCAAUAUGAAAAAAAAAAGGGAUAUAAUUGAGAAUGUACCUAGUAUCUCCGCUAAAAGCAGUAUAAUAACUUGCACAGAGAAGGAGCUGAACGAAAACAUUGAACAUCGUAUAAUCGUGUAUCGUGGUGGUGAUAAUAGCAUUGUCAGUAGGAACGGACAUGUUAACAAGUCACCGAUGGAAAUAGGCCACAGCUCAUCCACAUAUUUUCCAGAUAAUGCGGUUAAUAAUACACAGACUAGAAUUAAUUCGCUUGAUCCCACGGACAUGGCACCAUUGCACAACACAAAACAGUCAACUCAAACCUCUACCAGUUGUGAUUUAUAUAAAAAUCAUCUUUACACCGGUGAGAUGGAUGUUGAUGAGGUAAAAUUAAUUCUUAACUGCGGAGAAAGAAUCAAAAAUUCGUAUCUCUUGGAAUGGAAUAAGAGGUGAUCACGAGCGAAUUUACAGAUGUGUAUUGAUCUAACGUUCAGUAAAUAAAUCGAGUUCCCAUAUUUGUCUCCCAAAUUAAUUUGUACACACAACUUGU